GGAUAGCUGGGUGGCAGGCACAGGGGGAGAGAGGGGCUUUUCUCUGUGGCCACCUGGACAAGCCAUGUAAGAUCCCUGGCUUAUAAAAUACAUUCACAAAUAAUUUGAUUUAAUAACCGCUAACUAGCCGCCAAACUGUGCGUCAAUUCAUUCAUCCUGUAGGAGGCAAACUGUGGGACAGAUAAUGAGAGGAACCGACGAAUCCAAAGAGCGGACACUGGAGUAAUUUGGAUCAAAGUCAGUGAAAAGUUUCAAGUGCGUCCUGGAGCCUCAUGGACACGCUGAGAAACCCCACAAUCCACCUCCUGAAGAAGAAACCUGCUCAAGUUCAACACUGAGGUUAUCUCGAGUCGGUGUUGAUGUCAAGUGGAGGUGAGGUCAAACAGGUAACACUCUAAAAACAGCCGCACUUUCUGACCGGUGCGUUAUUUGGCCGCGGUGAGGCAUGAGUGGAGGUCGCUUUGAGUUUGACGACGGUGGAGCUUAUUGCGGAGGUUGGGAGGGGGGUAAAGCCCACGGCCAUGGCAUCUGCACCGGGCCCAAAGGCCAGGGUGAGUUCUCCGGCUCCUGGAACUACGGCUUCGAGGUGGUGGGAGUUUACACCUGGCCCAGUGGAAACACCUUCGAGGGGUACUGGUCGCAGGGGAAGCGUCACGGUCUGGGAGUAGAAACCAAAGGACACUGGAUUUACAGAGGGGAAUGGACUCAUGGAUUCAAAGGAAGAUAUGGCAUCCGGAUCAAUGUGGGCAGUGGAGCAAAGUUUGAAGGAACUUGGAAUAAUGGGAUUCAGGAUGGAUAUGGAACAGAAACAUACGCAGAUGGAGGUACGUUCCAGGGUCAGUUCACUGGUGGGAUGCGGCAUGGCUACGGUGUUCGUCAGAGUGUCCCCUAUGGCAUGGCAGCAGUUGUCCGCUCCCCUCUCCGUACCUCCUUGACUUCCCUCCGCAGUGAACACAGUAAUGGGACCGUCCUGCAGCAAGACAUCCCCAUCAUCACCACCACCAAUGCCUCAGGUGAAGAGACACCCGUCGCCACCCCUACUCAGCUGGGACCAUCCCGUGGAGGCUUUGCCCUCACCCUGCAAGUGGAUCCAGAUGCUGUAAAACCCAAGAAGAGGGGCCUGUUUAGCAGGAGUGCUCUGCUGGGUAAGCUGAAGAAAUCAGACUCGAGCACCUCGCUGUCCAGCCAGAAGAGCAAGAUCAGCUUCCUGAGGACAGAAUCAGCUCUCAGCUCCAAUGCCAGUGACACCAACUCCACCAUCAGUGUGGACGAGAGCCUGGCUGGAGGCGAGGACUUUCCCGUGGAGGCCGACAUUGAUGCCACCACCACAGAGGUCUACAUGGGCGAGUGGAAGAACGACAAGCGCUCAGGAUAUGGAAUAAGUGAAAGGUCAAGCGGGCUGAAGUACGAAGGUGAGUGGCUGAACAACCAGAGACAUGGAUAUGGAUGCACCACCUUCGCAGAGGGAGGGAAAGAGGAGGGCAAGUACAUGAACAACAUGCUGGUGAAGGCCAUGAAGAAGAGAGUGAUCCAGCUGAGGGGAACCAAGAUCAAGCACAAGGUGGAGCGGGCAGUGGAGGGAGCUCAGAGGGCUGCAGCCAUCGGCAAGCAGAAGGCAGAGAUCGCAGCUUCCAGGACAACCCACGCAAAAGCCAAGUCAGACGCAGCUGAACAGGCAGCUCACGCCUCCAACAGUGAGUCCAGCAUUGCCAGGCUGGUUGCCAAAGAGCUCUCCCCUUCUUUCUACCAGCCAGGUCCGGAGUAUCUGAAGAAGAGGUUGUUACAGGAGGCCGUGGAGGGUGGUGAAAACAUAGACACUGUCAUGCAUGAGCCACUGUUGGCUGAAGAGGAACCUCUGCCUACACCACCCGAAAGCCCACUUAUGAAUGAACUGGACAACCUCAUGGUUGGCUCAUCCCCAGGCCGCACCCCGUCCCCCAGCCCAGGCAUCACCAGCAAGGAGGACCCGAAACUCCUUAGUCCCAGAAGCUGGAAUGAGGACAAAACCAGUAAAGGUGGUGGCAGUAAGGGAAGCAGUAAACCCAACAGCAAACCCAGUAGUCGCCCUACUACUCCUUCAACCUCCGUCUCUGCUUCCACCUCAGCUGCACCCGAAGGAGGAGAGGCCCCCAGCAGUCGAGGCCCCUCUCGGACCCCCAGCCGUCAUAGCAACAAGAACGAGCAAGGCUCUGACCUGGAGAUCAAGCCCCUUCAGAAGUUUGAAUCUGAGUCAAAAGCUCCAGAUGUCACUCCCACUGCUGCUGCCCUUGUAAGGAAUAGCCUCAUCUCUCAAGAUGAAGAAGAAGAAGAAGAAGCACCGCACCCCUCGUCCAAAGUGCCCAAAUUGCCCAAUGCUGUCACCUCUGAGCCCAAAACUACAGAGUUUAAGACUGAAAAAGCUCCAUCUGUCCACGAACGAGUGCCUUACGUCUCUGAGAACACAGCCGAGUCCAGGGAGGUGAGCAGGAUGUACAGCAAAGCAGAGACAAAGCCGCCAUCACUGAAACGACAACCCAGUCCAGCUCCUGUCCCAAAACCGCCAGCCAUUCUUGAACCUAAAUCAGUACUAAAGCAAGUGGAAGCCAAAGCCAUCGUUGCCAAAACAGCUCCAAAGCCUGAAGCUCGUCUGAAGGCGCUUGUGUCGACUCAAAGUCGUGAGGUGACCUCAGAGUCUUUUGAACUGGAGGGCCCAAACACCAUCAUGAUCUGCAUGGUCAUCCUGCUCAACAUUGGCCUGGCCAUUCUCUUCGUACACAUUUUGUCAUGAGACAUUUUCUAUCACCUCAGGUCACCAGCAGUGUGAGAGAGGGAUGGCAAGGUUUUUCCUCCUCCACAGAGAGGACUACAGACUGAAAGAGGCCACUGAGGGGGAGGAGCCAGAUGGCAGUGGUUCAUACAGGCAGCCACAGUUCUUCUUGAAGGUUUUUUGUUGGUGUGACUGUGUGAAGAUCUAACUUCUCUCCGGUGGUUAAGAGGAACUGGUGGAUUGUGCAUUGACUGAGAGGAUUCAGUACAUCUGGACAUGAUAUUAGUAUGUUAAAGUGUGGAGGGAGGUGGGACAGGAGAAGCAAAUGUUUUGGUGCUUACACUUUUCUUCUCUUAUUCUUUUUUUUUUAAAAGAAAAGCUUUUCACUUCAUCCUUACAUGGGCACCGUAGACUGUGUAUGGCUGGCACACACUGGCUGCUGACUCUCAGCAGAUCAUUUUGUCUGUCACAACUCAUUUGUACAUUGUAGGCUGAAGGAAAUGUGAUCAAAGACUUAAUAUUCUCUCCACUGUGCCUUAUACUGCAGCAGACGUGAAGGAGUUGUGAGCGAUAACUGUUAAUACCAUUGCUUGCAUUUUCUGCAAUGUCCAAAGUGUGGGUAUGUGUGUGUGCGUGAGUGUGCAUGUGUGUACAGACAAAAACUGUAAUCAAAAGUUCUGUAACACUCUUGAUUUCACCUUCUUGCUCUUGACUUGUCUUAAGAAAGACUCCAAAGCAUCAUGAGCUACACGUGGUUGAUGCGUCCGGCAUAAUCUGUAUGGAGUUCUACAAUGUGAAAUGUUGCAUUUUCACUGCAUCACUCUGCUACUUUGGCUUUGGAGCUGAUCGAGCCGAAUAGAGAAGGGAAGAGGAAGCUACCGAGUCUCACUGCUUUUAUAUGAACUGGUGUUUGUCAUGCACAUCUGUUUAGCACCUAGGUGGUUUGAAAUGAGAGUUGCGUAUGUUUUGUUAUAGAAUAAGCAAGCAGGACAUGAAGGCAAUCACUGUAUGUUGUAGUAUGUUUACUCAGUCAUAAGUAGCAGCAGUAGUUCACAUUGUCAUGUAUGUGUAAGUGUGGAAAAUGCUUCCACUGCACUGUAUUCAGGGCCUUGUGCUUAGUAGCCAAACAUUAGUUCAACUUUUGUAUGCAUGAGGGCACUUUGUGUGUAUGGAUGUCCGUUUUUGUACCAUUUCUAAGUGCAAAUCUUUUCAGCAUUCAAAAAUAUGUUGUACCAGAAUGCCGUUCUAAAUGUAUUUAUUUCCCAAGAGUCCAUGAGAAGUAUUGAAUGAUUUUAACUAUCUGUCUUAUAUCAGAAAAGCACUCACCAGAUGUGCUGUUGGCUUUUAAGAAAGGUUUUUAGCUUAAUUUGUUUUGCCUUUGAGUUUGCAAAUGAACACACAGACCACUGAUUAUGGAUUGUUUUAUGCAAUUAAAGGGAAAUGCACAAUCAAAAA